GGGACUGUCUACCUAUCUACCUGACCCAACUCAACUCUUCGCCCGUCGCAUUACACAGUUACACCCCCGACAACCCUCAUCAUGGCAGACGCAAUCUCCAUCGAAGAAACCAAUCGGAUUCGAGUGUCUUUGGGCAUGAAACCACUGCCUGUUCCUGGCGCAACUGGUCCAGUGUUCAAAGAAUCCGCGCCAGAGCCGGUAGAAGAUUUGGGCAGCACUCUCGAAAGCCGGCAAGCCGAGGGUUACGACAACUAUCGCAAACUGCAAGAAGCAGAAGAGGCCAAGAAGAAGCGCGAUGCAAAGGCUGCCGCGAUCAAGAAGGCUCGGGAUGCGGCGAAACGAUUUUCGAAACUAGAAGGCAAAGGCCUAGGAGAGGCAGAUGAGGGCGAGCUCGAUGCCAAAAGUUGGCUGUUGAAGCAGAAGAAACGUCAAAAGGAAAUUGACAAAGCCCGAAAGCGAGAACAAGAACUGGCAGAUGCCGAAGCUGCUGCGGAGUACACAGCCAAAGAUCUUGCAGGCGUCAAGGUUGGCCACGAGUUCGACACAUUCGAAGAGGGUGAAGAGCAGGUUCUGACGCUCAAGGACACCACCAUUGAUGAGAAUGAAGAGGAAGGCGACGAGCUGGAGAACUUGGAUCUUCGCGAGAGGGAGAAGCUUCACGACAAGCUGGAACUCAAGAAGAAGAAGCCAGUCUACAAUCCAAACGAUAUUGACGACGAGACGGGCGAAAAGAAGAUAUUGGCUCAUUACGAUGAAGAAAUCGAUGGUAAGAAGGGCAAGAGAUUUACCCUGGAUGGCCAAGGGAGCACCAAAGAAACUCUGGCCGAGCUGGGUUCUGUCCAAAAGAUGAAACCCAAAGCCAUUAGUCUAGAUAUUCUGAGUAAGUACACCACAGAAAUACUCCAAACCUUACCACUCGCUAACUCUGAUUCCAGUGGAUGAACCAAAGUCCGAUUAUCAUGACAUAUCAGAGGUCAAGAUUAAAAAGCCCAAGAAAAAGAAGGCCAAGUCUACUCGCCAGAAAGCCGUGGACGAAGACGAUAUAUUUCCUGUGGUUGAGGCUGUGAAUGCAUCAGUCGAUGACGAGAAUAGCAUGGAUGUGGACAAGCCGGUUGUCAAGAAGAGAACUUUUGAGGAUGUAUCUUUUGUUGAUGAUGAUGACUUACAGGCUUCUUUAGCUGCACAACGACGGAGUGCUCUUAAGAAACGAAAAACGAUCAAACCCGAGGAUCUUGCACAACAAAUACGAGAGGAGGCUUCCGCCACACCCGCUGCUGAAGCUGAACCCGAGGGUGGGUUGGUCAUUGACGAAACAUCCGAGUUUGUUGCGAACCUCCAAAAACCAGUCGCAGCUGAGCCAAAGAAAAGCUCCACGUCAAGAAGGCCAGAGGGAGUUACUGCAAUGGGAGAUGAUUCUGAUGAUGACGGUGACGUUACUAUGGGCCAAUCAUAUGCCAACCUCGAAGAUGAUGAAGACCGUGCUGCACGUUUGCUUAGGGAAGAGUUGGAUGUUGAUGACAUUACAGAAACUGGCUUGGAUCGCGAGGCCACUCUGGACAAAGGUCUCGGCUCAACACUCAAACUUCUCAGAGAGCGUGGCAUUAUUAAGACUGAAGACUCUGGAGAUCUCAACGAAAUCUUCAGACGAAAGCAAUUGUUUCUGGCCGAGAAGCAACGACGUGAAGCAGAAGCCGAAAAGAAAGCUAGAUCUCAGAGAGAACGAGACCGUACAACGGGUCGUUUGGAUCGCAUGUCUGCUCGGGAAAAGGAGGAGUACGCAAGAUCCCAAAACAAUUUCCGUGACCAACAGGAGUCUCGCCAACUUGCGGAGCAUUUCAACAAAGAAUACAAGCCAAACGUCGAACUCAAAUACAUUGAUGAUUUUGGCCGCAGCAUGAACCAAAAGGAAGCUUUCAAACAUCUAUCACAUCAAUUCCAUGGAAAGGGAAGCGGCAAACAAAAGACCGAGAAGAUGCUGAAGAAGAUAGAGGACGAAAAUCGACGAGAAGCCCAGAGCUCACUCGAUGGAUCGAUGGGUGGUAUGAGCGGUGCUACGGCUCAGCAACUCAAGAAGCAGAGGCAAGCGGGUGUCAGAUUGGCGUGAUGGGGAUACGUCAUUGGAAUCCGCAGAAAAGGUGCAACCUCCUCACUGUAUUAUAAUUUAUUCAAUGCUGACAAAAUACUAAAAAGUGAAGAUUUGUUGACCUGUCAACAUUCUGCAUAUUGCUAUGUAAGUUGUGAUGGUGUUUAGACUAACCAACGUUGUGCCCCAGGAUUUCUCGACAUCACUAUCUUGUUCCUCCAGUUUACGCCAUGCUUUUCAGGUGUGGCCAUCCCUCAUCAGCCUUUCUCUUCAGGUUCAGCACCGUUGCAGGUACAUCGUCGGAAGGUCGCACCUUCCCUCCUGCACUAGAUCUCCUUGACGAGCGUUGGGGCACAGGAAGGAAGGCACGACCGAUGUGGGCUUGCUCGGCCUCGUCAUUACCCCCAUCCCCCCCUCCUCAUUUUUCUUUUAAAACAUCAUACCUCCUUCGCUCUUCUUCCAGUUUCCUUAUAUAACUUAAUGCCUUUGAAUCAGUGUUGGUUAGAGUGAGUUCACUUGCAUACAAGAAAGACGGGUAUCUCCUUCUGCCCACACUUUCCUUAAACUCCCUUACCUCAGUAGGCUUAGUCAGUAGGUAAUUAUAU